AUGUCGACCACAACCACUUCUCUGGUAGUUCCAAUUAGGUUACCAUCUAUUAGUGAAUUAACUCAUAAAACUACAACCGAGAAAUACUCCCCGUUUUCACUAAAUAACUCGCUGAUUAUAUCGCCAAAAUUCAAUGCCUUGCAAAAAGAAGAUCAAGUUAAACAUUUACCAAGUAUUGUCAAAGACCAUACCAGUAUGCAUCCACUCAAGUACUCUCCCUUCAAACCAUUGACACCUUCUAAUUACACAUCAAGAACACCUUCUAAUUAUACAUUCACCAGCAAUGGCAAUAACAUCAAUAUACUAAAUAUACCGAAAUUAUCCUCCCCUAUGUUAUCACAUCAAGAAAAAUCUAACUUUUCAACUCAACCUAACCAAUUACCGUUGCCAAUAAUCACAAAUACACAACUCCCCAACCAACCUCAUCAUUACCAACAACAACUACAACAGCAGAAGCAACAGCAACAACAACAACAACAACAACAACAGCAGCAACAACAACAACAACAACAACAGCAACAACAACAGCAGCAACAACAACAACAACCACAGCAACAGCAACCACAGCAGCUAGCGAGUCCGAGUCUGUUGUCCAAAAAUAGAAAUUCUUUUUUUUCAUCAGCAUCAUCUAGCCCUUCUAUUCAAUAUGAACAUCAUUCUGCUCAACAACAACAACAACAACAACAACAAGUUGCCCAAUAUAUGCCCCAAACAGUCUACUUCCAACAGGACCAAUUGUACAUCAACAAUAAUCUACCAGGACAACCAAAGUAUCCUACCCCUGAAAUUAUUAAUAAAUCAUCUGCAAAUAGAUGUCAUAGAUGCGGCACAACAGAAACUCCAGAGUGGAGAAGAGGGCCAAAGGGCGUAAGGACAUUAUGCAAUGCAUGUGGGUUGUUCCAUGCUAAAUUGGUGAAGAAGAAGGGUGCUGCUUUAGCAGCAGAAGAAGUGUUGAAUAAUAGAGUUACAAAGGGCAAAAAUGGAAGAAGAAUAAGUAUCAAGAAACAUAUGAUGAAUGAGAAUCUGCAAACAAAUAUUAUGAAUGCAAGUGGUAUGAUUCAUAUGGGUGCGGGCACUCAAGUUAAUGCAGUACCAACAGGAUUCAAUUUACCUUUAAGUCAAUCUACUUGUGUCCAGCCACACCAUUUACCUUCCUUCUCGGUGCCGCCUCAGAGCCAUCAGAUCAACAACAACAACAACAAUAACAACGGGUUUAUCACAGUUGUUGCACCCCCGCAAUCAUCACAACCACUACAUCAACAUCCAACUGUCAUUGAAGCAAACAAGAACCAGGGAAUUUCUUUGCCGCCUCCAAUCAUUCCACCAAUAAAUUACAAUGCCAAUCAUAUAGUAAUACCCUCAAUACCUUUAAUUCGCCAUUAG